UCCAGACAUCAUGGCAGCAUACACAGACCCACAUUGUGAUGGAGAUGUUGAAGAUAUGCCCGAGCUAUCGGAUGGUGACGAUGAGUAUGAUGGUGAUGAAGAGCAGUGGCAGUGUUUGGAUGAGGAUGAGGAGGAGGACAGUCAGCCGGUUAAAUGUCUGUUCUGUGACAGGUUGUUGACCUCUGUAGUGGCCACCCUGCAGCACUGCACAGCUGAUCACCAGGUCAACCUUGUGGACCUGAUAAGAAAACACAAUUUAGAUGACUACGGUUACAUAAAGAUGAUCAACUUUGUUCGUUCAAAAAAUUGUGAUGCAUCUUAUCUGACGGGGCUGCCAGACGCUCCUUUACCCUGGGAGAGUGAAGACUUCCUGCGGCCGGCCCUGCAGGACGACCCUCUGCUGCAGACAGACCCUGAGGAGCUGUGUAGCAGGGAGGUGUCGAGCCAGUCGUCUGGGGCAGAGUCCGAUAAUGCUGUGCUGCGAAGGGCACAGGCCGCUGAGGAGAGAGCCCACCACUCAGAAGAGGCACUGGCCAGAGCCAUGGAUGAUCUGCACAAACUCAAGCUGCUUGCUCAGGGUUUGGUGCUCAACGCAGACACCAGCAAAUCUGGCAAGCUGGGCACUGUAGCCGAGCUCCGAGACGACGAGGACGAGGCCUACUUCAGCUCCUACGGUCAUUACGGCAUCCACGAGGAGAUGCUGAAGGAUAAAGUGCGCACGGAGAGUUACCGUGACUUCAUGUACCGCAACCCAGAAGUGUUCAAAGACAAGGUGGUGCUAGAUGUGGGCUGUGGCACCGGCAUACUGUCCAUGUUCGCAGCCAGAGCCGGAGCCAAGAAAGUUAUAGCAGUCGACCAAUCAGAGAUCAUCUAUCAGGCCAUGGACAUAGUCAGGUCCAACCAGCUGGAGGACAAGAUCACUUUGAUCAAAGGCCGCAUAGAAGACAUCAACCUCCCUGUGGAGAAGGUGGACAUCAUCAUUUCAGAAUGGAUGGGUUACUUCUUACUGUUUGAGUCCAUGUUGGACUCAGUCUUACAUGCCAGAGACCUCUACUUGGCUGACGAUGGCUCAGUCUAUCCAGACCUUUGUAACAUCAGCCUGGCAGCAGUGGGAGACACACAGAAACACAAAGACCGCAUUGCUUUCUGGGAUGACGUGUACGGCUUCAACAUGGCAUGUAUGAAGAAGGCAGUGGUACCCGAGGCUGUGGUGGAAGUGCUGAACGCAGACACACUCAUCUCCGAACCCACAGUCAUACAGACGCUUGACUGUAACAAAGUGUGUCUAUCUGAGCUGGAGUUUGCAUCAGAUUUCUGCUUGAAGAUAACAAAAAACACAGACUGCACGGCAAUUGUCGGCUACUUUGACAUUUUCUUUGACAAAGGCUGCAGCAACAAGGUGAUGUUCUCCACGGGUCCUCAGGCCACAAAGACACACUGGAAACAGACGGUCUUCCUACUGGAGAGGCCUGUUUCUGUCCAGGCAGGGGAAGAGCUCAAAGGAAAGAUAACCGUGCGUAAAAACAAGAAGGAUCCUCGUUCACUGUUGGUCACCUUUGACCUCCGAGACAGGAAGCAGACCUACAGCCUUCAGUGAAGUCAGCCGCCACGUGGUUCAACAUCCAGCUGACUCAAACAGACAACUGUUAGAAUAGUAAAUAACCAAUACAAGUUUUUAAUUAGACUUAAAAACAAGAUGUUAGCAUUAUUUCUGUGCCUUGUAAUAAUAAACACAAUGUUG